GAGAGUCAGAUGCUUAACUGACUGAGCCCCCCAGGAGCCCCGAGGUUUAUUUUUAUGUUUAGAUCUUUAAUCCAUGUGGAAUUCAUCCUUAUGUAUGAACUAGUUUGAUUUUUUUCCCUUCUAAACGGAUAGGGAGCUGUCUCAAGUUGCUUGUUUUAAAAAGUCACCCUCAUCAUACACUAAGAUCUACAUACACAUGGAUCUGAUUCUGGACUCCUGUUUUAUUAUUUGUUUGUUUAUUCCUGAUCCAACACCACAGUAUUUUAAUCAUUGUACUUUUAUAGUAUGUUUUGAUUUCUGCUCCUUGCUUCCUGAGACACACCCCUCCUGGCCUCCAUGACACACUUGUUUAUUCUUCAUUAUACCUCUCUGGCUACUCCUUACUCCCCUCCACAGUCUCUUCUCUCUCUGCUCAUCCCCUAAAUAUUAGUGUCUUCAGGAUCCUAGCUCAUCCUUAUUCUACUUGCCUUCCCUGGGUGAUCUUAACCACACCUAUACUGAUGACUCUCAAACACAUCUCUAUUAUCAAUUAUCAAUAGUGUUCCUAAAUAUCUCUUUACUGUCCAAUGGAACAGGAAACUCACUAUAUACAAAAUGGAACUCAUCUUUUCUCCAUACCUACACACCAGUAAACCUGGUCUUCCUUUAGUGUUCUCCCUUCAUUGAAUGGCACAACUGGCCAUAUAGUUGUUCAUCUUAAAAAACCUGCUUGUCUUAGUAGUCUCUAUCCCUUCUCCUCUUCCUGCGGACAACCACCAAGUCAUGGUCAUUGGACAUCCUAAAUAUCUCUAGGGUUCACCCAAUUCUCUCCACCCUACCGUGACUGCCAUAGUUCAGGCCUCUUUUAUCAAUGCACUUGGGUAACCGCAGUCACUAGCUUUAAUUGAUAUUCCUGCUUCCUCUCUCAUCCUCCCUGUAAUAUAAUCUAUCCACUGCAGCCAGUGUAGAGAUUAAAUUUAUAAAUUUAAUCAUGUCACUCCCCUACUUAAAGCUUUCAAAGCUUCCUCAUCCCCCUACAGGAUCAAGUUUAAACUUUUUAACAUGGCUUAUAAAGCUUUGCCAUAAUCUGGAUCCUGUUUUUCUACCACAGCCUUAACUCUUUAUAAUGUGAACCCUUUUCAUUCCUUGGAUGAAGGAUGCUCUUGUCUCUCAAGGUCUCCAGGAUAGGUAGGUCCUCCUCUUUACCUUUACUCAUUCUAUAGGUCACAGUUUCUUGGGCACAUUUCCUCUGGGACCACCCCUCUCUUCCACAUCAGCUAGGUUAGGCACUCGGUUCUUCGCAUCCACAGCCCGUGCACACCUCACUGCAUAUAAUUCAUCACGUGGGAUCGUAUUUAUAGGUGGCAAACCCCUUGAGGACAGCGACUGCCUCCUGUUUGUUUGCCACAGUCUCCAGCACCUAGGACAGGGCCUGGCACCAAGUAGGUGCCCAGCGAAUAGUGAACGCAGGAGAGAAUGCGUGAGGGCGAGGGUCCUCUGGAAGGCAGAACUUAGUGUCUGAGACAGCGUGGGUUCUCUGUACAGUUAGGGCUCGGCGUACCUGUGAGGGAGUGUUGCUAGGGAGCACAGGGAUCAAAACCUAGCUCGGCCCAGCCUCCAUUACUGCAGCGGUGCAGUGCCCCCGCCCCUCCACCGCCGAAGCGGAAGUGGAGGCGUGGGCUUCCCAUGAUACCUCGCGGGGCGCCUGUUCAAACCGCACGGAGAAGAGGGAGGAGGUAGUGAUGGCGGCUCCGGAGCCGGAAGUGCUGUGUCCGGCCACAGUACCUGUUUUUCAAGUGUCUGCCUUGUUCCUCUGCGCACCUACUAGAAUUGGAAUGGUAUGAGAAGUCAGAGGAAACCCACGCCCCCCAGAUAGAACUACUUGAGACUACCUCCGCUCAAGAACCUUCCAACCUUUCGGAGCCCUUUCGCCCCAGAGACUGCAUGGUGCCAGUGGUGUUUCCCGGGCCUGUGAGCCAGGAAGGCUGCUGUCGGUUUACUUGUGAACUUCUAAAGCAUAUCAUGUACCAACGCCAACAACUGCCUCUGCCCUAUGAACAGCUUAAGCACUUCUACCGAAAACCUUCUCCCCAGGCAGAAGAGGUGAUGAAGAAGAAACCUCGGGCCACUGUUGAGGUGAGCAGCAGGAAAUGCCAACAAUCCCUGGCAGAACUGGAGAGUGUCCUCAGCCACCUAGAGGGUCUCUUUGCCCGGACCCUAGUACCCCGAGUGCUAAUCCUCCUUGGCGGCAGUGCCCUAAAUCCCAAGGAGUUCUACGAGCUUGACUUGUCCCGGUUGGCCCCCAACAGCAUGGACCAGAGCCUGAGCACAGCAGCUUGUUUGCGCCGUCUCUUCCGAGCCAUUUUCAUGGCUGAUGCCUUCAGUGAGCUACAGGCUCCUCCACUCAUGGGCACCAUUGUCAUGGCACAGGGGCACCGUGACUGUGGAGAAGAUUGGUUUCAACCCAAGCUCAACUACCGAGUGCCUACCCGGGGUCACAAACUGACUGUGACCCUGUCCUGUGGCAGGCCCUCUAUCCCAACCACAGCCUGGGAGGACUACGUUUGGUUCCAGGCACCAGUGACACUUAAAGGCUUCCAUGAGUGAAUGGGGGUGCUUCUUAAUCAUGAACACAAUGGCUUCAGUUAUCUUCCCCCCUCUGGCACCAGGUCACCCAUCUUUUGCUUAGAGCUAGAGCUGUUUCCUGGUGAGAGGAAUGUUCUGUUCUUCCGGCUGCCUCUCUCCCUUCCUCAGACUUCCUGGUGGGCUGAUUGUAUGGCUAUGGCUGUCAUAAUUAUCAUUGAACAACAUCUCUUUGAAUCAAAGGUUGAUUUUCCCAGAAGGUGCUGGGUGAGGCAUUUCUGUUCAGGGAUGGAAAACAAGUAUGAGUCCAUAGACAGACACUCUUAUGGAAGUGGCUUUUUGCUGGGGCCUUUCAGAAUUUUUACCAGGGACAUAAUGAACUUAAAUGUAAAAAUGAAUGGAUCCAUAUUAAAUUAUCUGAGACUCUUGUUUUAAA